GCAGAUCCCGUCGGCCGCAUUUGCAGUUCCGCAGUCGAGCGUGCGUGCGCGUGGCUUGGAGAAACGAAUUUCUGUAACUUCGUGUACGUGUACGUAGGAGCGCUUACGCAGCGAUACCCGCAUACACAUCCGACGUAAGUGCGGGAGCCUGCAAAUCGAAACGGCCCUAUCCAAUGGGUUCGUGUGCAUAAGAAGUGAACGUGUGUUGUGUGAGAAAAUAGUGCAACCUAGCGAGGAAUCGAAAAUAAAGAGAAGUGAGUAUAAAUCUGCAUCGAAAGUGAAAUCAUUCCGGCUACCGGUCCGAAGGCCCUUGCCGCACCGGGCCAACGAACGUUACCGGAAGUGGUCCCUCGAAAGUGAACCGAAGUGAAUCGCGCUGGUGGUACGGGAAACGGCGCUUUACCCCACGCCGGCGGUACCGGUGGGAAAAAGUUAAUUAAUCCAAAUAUUGGUCCGCUUUCGUGCAGCCAGCACCCAGUGUUCGCCGUGGUCGGGGUCGGGAAUUAGCAACAAAAUCGAUCCGUCCGAGAGCCGGAAAGGGUUCGUAACGGAGGACGACGAUCAAAGUCUCCGAUCUUCGCGUACGGAGGCCGACAUUUAGCAAACCGAGCGCCAUCAACACAUCCACAUCGACGGCAAAAUGGAAACGGAGGAAAUCAUCAAACUGGUCGACGGGAUCUAUAAGAACAUACUGGAAAAGUUUAAUCCCGGAGCACGACAGCUGAUCAGCGCUGGCAAGGCGUACCUGAAGGCACUGCAUGGAGCGUCCACUGCGUCGAACGUCUUUAACGAGGCACUCGCCAAGAUCGCCGUCAAUGCACAACAGGGAGGAACCAUCGAUAUUGGUUCCGCCUUGAUGAACAUUGUCGGUGUGUACAAAGAGAUCCAGGAUCAGCACAUGAACAUCCUGAAAGCGUUCUACGUCGAUCUACUGGUGCCGCUGGAAACGAACCUCGAGAAGGACACCAAGGUGGUGCAGUUCGAGCAGAAGAAGUUUCUGCAGCAGCACAAGAUGCGCUCGGACAGCUACAGCAAGGCGGCCGCCACGAUGAAGAAGUACCGCAAGAAGAACUCGAAAAACACGCCCAAGGAGGCGGAGAAGGAAAUCAAGAGCAUCCAGGCGUUCGAGGAGGAAAAGCACAAGCUGGACCAGUUCUGCGAGCAGAGCCUGAAGAACGCGAUGACGCAGGAGCGGCGCCGGUACGGGUUCGUGCUGGAGCGCCAGUGCUCGCUCGCCAAGCACUGGAUGGCGUACCACCACUCCGGCCACAUGAUCAUCGAAAAGUCGCUCGACAACUGGAACGACGUGGCGGCGACGCGCGAAUUUCUGCCCCCGAACGUGGAGAACAUGUUCUCCGCCAAGCAGGCGCUGCGCGACGUGGAGGACGAGGACGACGACGACCGGGAGUCGAUCGCGUCCCAGCUGCGCAAGACGCGCUCGAUCGAUGCGUCCUGCCUGGACAUGCGCUCGCUGGCCGACGUCGCGAACAGCACGCUCCAGAUGCCGCGGGCCAAGUCCGAGUUUAAUCUGAACAACAACACCGGCACGCUGCUGAGUGGACACCAUCACCACCAUCACCACCACAACCACCACGCGAUGAUGAUGAUGGGUGGCGGUGGCGGUGGCGGGGCCGGCAGUAUGAUCGGUGGGGCCACCAACGGCAAACCGGACAUUUCGCACUGGGAGCGGCCCACGGUGAAGGCGCUGUACGCGUACCUGUCGUCGGGCGAGAACCAGCUCAGCUUUCUCGAGGGCGAUCGCAUUGCGCUCGUGGGCGACCGGGCCAAGGGCUGGCAGUUUGGGGAGAAUCUGCGCACGCAAAAGUUCGGCUGGUUCCCGAUAGCCUACACCGAGACGGAGCGCGACGACAAGGAGAGCAUCAGUGAGUGGGUGAAGGCGCCCGCGAGCGACAUUGAGCUGGACCACACGCCCGACACGUCGCUCGAGAGUACGCUGGUGGACGACAGCCUGUCGAAGAUGACCGGUUCGUACCACGGCGGCGAGGACGCAUCGCCGACGCGCAUGUUCGGCGACACGAUCCAGUACCGGCAGUCGAAGCAGUUCCGCCGUCUGUCGCGCGGCGAGAAGCCGCCGAAGCCGGGCCCGCCGCCCCAGCUGCCGGCGCCCGUACCGACGCCGGUCGUGCCGAACAGUUACAGCGGUGGCGGCAGCAAGCAGCAGCAGCAGCAGCGUCACGAUGGAGCGUCCGGCUCGGGGGGCAUUCCCCAGUCGAACAGCUUCUCGUCGGCCGGAGCGCCACCGAUGGCGUCGGACAAACGCAAAUCGGGCUCGGCUACGAUGAACUUCAGCAAGCCGCCGGCAAGCAGCAAUCCGAAGCAAAAACGGGCGAGCAACGGUAUGGCCAGUGCCUCGCUGCAUAGCAGCAAUGACAGCGGGUUCUCCAACGAGCCCCAACCGCAACCGGAAGCUGAUCUGUACUCGGACGAGGAACCAGUGAACCGAGUGCCAAUAAGAUCGGCCCGCUCGGAGAAGAACCUGCUGAACGACCAGACGACGAUGACGCGCUCCGGCGGUCGUGACAGCAGCGUCCCUUCGCCGCGCUACCACGACGAGGACGAUAUCUACGGCACGAUUGUGCCACCGCGGCCCCGCGGCCAGCAAAGCCAGAUGAUGAUGCGCCAGGCGAACAGCUACGGCAACAUUGCCGAAAGCAACUCGGGCACGCUCGAGUACGGCUAUCGCACGCGCAACCGCGGGUCCGGCUCGGAGGGCCAGCCCAACCAGAGCGACUCGCAGAAGAUCAAGCGCACCAAAUCGUUCUGGAAGUUCUCCAAGUCCGAGGACCACAUCCUGGAGGGGAUGGCGAUGUGGAAGCACAACGACAUCAUACCGACGGGGCGCGAGAAGCGCGAGAUGGAGAAGAAGGAGGCUACGCUGAAGCGCAACAUGCGCAAGAAGGAGCAGCUGGAGAAGCAGAAGCAGAAGGAAAUGAUCGCGGCCAAGGCGGAGGAGGAGCAGCAGCAGCAGCAACAGCAGCAACGUCGCAAGGAUAACUCCCGGGGCAACGCGAACGGUAUGAUGGACAACGAAAGCAACACCAGCACGCUGGUGCGCGGCAACAACCGUGAGUCGCGGGACCGCGAUCGAGACCAGCGGGGGGAGCCAAUGCGUGAGCGGCCGCACAGCAUUGCGCUGAUGUCGGAGCAGGAGAAGUUCCCCAUCACCAAGUCGGACAUUGACAAGCGCAUCUCGAAGAUUGACCAGGAGUUCCACCAGCAGCAGAAGAAGGCCAGCCGCGGCGGGCAGGAGGAGGAUCGUGGAGGUCGUUCCGGUCGCGAUCGCGGCGAGGGAAGAGAUCGCAAGCAGUCCAAGGGUGGCAAAAACGACACCAACAACAACAACAACUCGCGCCACAGCUACGCCGGCGAACAUUUGCACCACCAGGAGCAGGAGCUGUACGGGGAGGCACCGAUGGGCGGGGGGAAGCACGGUGGCAAGCAGGACAAGUAUCGCACGACGGAGCGCGAAACGAGCAAGAACCGCAACAACGAUGCGCUGAACAAGUACUACCAGGACCAGACGUUCGAUGACUUUUCGAUCAUACCGGCCGACUCGAUCAUGAUGCAGGACACGAGCUUCUACGACGACGACGGCAUGAUGGACGACAUGAUGCUGAUGAAGACGGUGCGCCGGAAGGAGAUCCUGAAGCAGUACUACUCCAGCGGCACCGACACGGAGCGCAACUCGUCCAGCUCGGACCCGUACGACUGCAUCGUGGUGGACGACCAUCUGGUGGCGAAGGGGCGCGACCGGAAGUCGAACGGUGGCCAGGACGGCACGAUGAUGCGCAUGAUGAACGAUCGGCGGGGCGACAAGAAGGAUCGCGGCAUGCCCGACGACAAGAUGGCGUUCUCCACGUUCCGGGGCGGUGUUUCGGGCGGCAAUGGAGGCCGCGGCCAGCUGGACGAUGAUGACGAUGACACGAUGAUGGCAUCGAUGACACUGGACGACGAGCUGAUGGAGGAAGAGCAGCAGCAGCAACAUCAUCAUCAGCAACAGCAGCAGCAGCAGCAGCAACAGUCCCGCCAGCAACAGACCCGCGAUCGCCGUUCCAAGAGCUCCAAGGGCAAUCUGGCCGAGUCAAAGUACGAAUCGGAGCACGAGGCGCGCAUCAGCGCCAAAAUGCAAAGCAACGGUCAGCAGCAGCAGCAGCAACAGAAGCGCAAGUCCACCAAAUCGAUCGCCUCGGACGGGAAGGCGUACGGGCCGUGGUAUGAUCUGUGGGGCGCCGAUAGCUCGGUCCACAACCAGAAGCUGUAGAAACCAUCGUGCACCGUAUGCGUACUCCGUAUGGUGAAUCGAUCUUUAACGCCGGUGUAAAGAUCGCAUUUCAGCCGAAAAGCACAAACACACACACGUACACAUAAUGCAACAGUUUAAUCAGCAGUCCCAAUCAUAACGUCACCAAAUCAGCAUACAAGGCCUAAAGUAAUAUUCGACAGCACAUACAGGACAACCAGGACACCAUGACCUUACAGUGAACCUUUUUCGGCAAAUGACUACUAAAAAUUGAUACAAAUCGGACACCCCAAUGGUCGAUCGAUUCGGGCAGGACAGGACAGUGACAGGACGGAUAUGCGCCGACAUGAUUACCACCAUGCAACCAUUCCCAAAUGUAUGCAGCCGGCAGUGGCGCUGCAAUGUUUUUUUUUUUAUUAGUAUUAUUAGUCGAUUAUUUAAAUCGUUCGUUUUACCCUCACCUCAGCCGCCGACGGGCGCGCGUACAGUAGCGUGGUAAGCAUGUUUUUAGGGUUACGAUAGCACGUAAGAGAGUAGACCGUAUGCGGAUGCUUUACCCUUUUUGGUACCCAGAUCCAGAUGCAAAGGUUUCAAACGCGCAGCAGGAUUAGAAACGGCCGCUUGCGCUGUUUAAUGUUUACGUUGACCGUUCAGAAUCGUUUCGUUUUGUUUUCCACUGUUCCCUUUACGUUUGCAUAUUAUAAUGAAAUUUUAUUUCUGGUUGUGGGAUGUAUUCUCCAAAUGUUAAUCGCGGUAUUAGAUUAGUUUUUAAAUAGAGCGCAGCAGUAUUUCGGCAGUCAUUUACAGGUUGUCGAUGUUGUAAAAUGAUGUUAAUUGCCCCGUCAUAGUCAGUAUUGUUUACUUGAUGUGUUUUUUUUCUUCCAUCUAUUAUCCACUUUUGUCUCUUUCGACCUGUUUUGUGUAAGAGGAAGCGUUAGGAUUUCUGCUCAAACAUUCGAUGUUGACGAUGGACCUAGUGAAAACAUUCCAGCGAGUUAUAAAUAGAGUAAGCUUUGUACUUUUUGUACCGCCAGACAGACGUUAAUGUGCCAAUAGUGAGCGAAAUGUUCGCUGGAGAGUUGAAUUCGAACGAUGCACUUGGGCGGAGUGCAACAAAGGAAGGGACAAUAAUAUUCAACCAUUACUGUUAGGGCUAGUGUAACAAGAUAGUCAACCAUUUCGUACUCGAAUGAAUGUUUAAUUUAAAAUACCACUUCCGGAAGAUUCUCGUUCGCAUCUUGUUCGCGAGCUUGAACAUUGCGCACAGCGCGAGCAACGGCCUUCGGAUGGUUUUGAAACGUUUUGUGUUUAUGAUUGUAUUAUCUAUUAUUGUCAAUAAAAUCAUAUUAGUUAACAA